AUGAACCCGUUGUUUCGGCAGGAAGGAUUGAGUCAGAUGACCCUCAAGAUCCUAUAUACGGUCGAUAAUGAGCCUAAUUAUUUUCUAGCAAGGAGUAAAAUGCUACUUCCUGUUAGUGUUGAGUCGGUACCGUCAAACUCAUCUCAUUUGAAAUCUCCGCUGAGAAUUGGCGUAAUAGAGUUGUCUCAUGUUUUAAACGUUGUUUACAAAAGUUCUCCUGAAUUGUUCCCAUUUGAUAAUAGCACGUUAGACACUACACGAGAUUGUGACUAUAAUGUGUACUUUAAAGACGUGGUAGAGGCUGAUGAGCCGUUUGUAAGCCUUGGUCUGUUGUCAAAAUUAAGAAAUAAUGCAUAUUUAGAGCAAGAACAGCUGCUCGACGGUAAAAAUCAGGCUGAAGACACCCCGCUGGUGAUCGGGCGUGUAUGCACGAAUUUUGCGUCGUUGUUGACUAUGUCUGGCAAUGGUAAUCCCUCUAGACAUGAAACUUUGGAAGUGAAGAUGAAGUUCUCUAACGUUAAUUCCAGUACUAGUACCAGAAAGUCAAGCUUUAGUAAGGCGCAGCCUGCCAAAAGAAUGAAUUCAUACGCAGGGUUCAUCCCAGCAUCUGGAGUAACCAAACCAGCUCCAAUUCCUACGGCAGCCAACGGUGCUAUAACAAAGAGUAAAAAGAGAGAAAUGAACCAAAUGCCAGCUCCAAAGGCCUUUAGAACACAGUCGCUUCCUAUCUGGGAGAACCCUAAAUACGGUGGUAUCCGUGGUGGAACAAUAGCUCAUAAGAUUUACAUGGCGGAUAGGAGCAAAGAAAGCUCCUCUUGUCAGCAAUUUCUUCCGCAAUCUGGUAUUGGGCAGGAAAGAAGGCCUACUUAUCAGGUCACCUCUCUACAAAGUGAUUCCACAGUUACAAGAUUUCAUAUUGAUGACUCUGUAAGCAAGAGGUUUGAGUUCAUGAACAAACCAAAGGCGAAGAAGCCAAGCAGUUACCAGCAGAAGCCGCCUAACAACAUAUCGUCAUUCGGCUACCCACAAGCAAAGAAGCAUACAUAUAAACAUAAGCCAGUGAGUGCCGCACGUAAUAGCAUUGAACGGCCAAACAGCAGUUCUGCUUCUAAUUCGAAGCAAGAAAAUAUGUCAAAGGAAUUUAACAUCAUAAGCGAUGAGAUGAGCCUUCAGGAUAUGGUCCAUCCGCUUCAGCAUCAGGAUAAGAACGAUGAAAGCAUAUUUGAAUUGGCAAACGCACAGGUAAACACCUCCGAAAUUGUCAGCGAUAAGGAAAACGUACCUCCGAUAGCUGAUUCUACCCCCCAGCCUUCUCUUCAAAUUGAAAUGGAGGAUUUCUUCAGCUUCGAUCUAGAGAAUGUUAAGCAUUCAGAAGACGAAUGGCUACAAGGCAUGUUCGGUACUCCUCGUGAUGUUAACACCUGUAAUACCAUACCUAUAGAAGAAGAUAAUGAGGAUGACCAAGGCUCUAUAGCCUUAACACAUUCCGGGGAAACCGGACUAUCGGCUUCGGCAACUAAGCGUCAGACGGAUUUCGUAUAUGACACCGAUCGCACCUCGCCAAUCGACACAUUAUCCAUGCCUAUCAUGGAUUUGGAACCAUCUGCAAAUCAGCAGGCGAGAUUCGUUAGCUGUGCCGACCAAUUGAAGCGAUUACCACUGCUGAGCGGCGGUAAAUGUGCUUCAACAGAAAAGCAUACACCGGCAGAUGACGAGCUCGCAGAUGAAGACGAUGAUGCGACUUCACCGGUAGAGCAAGUGAGCACAUCUCCAGCGAACCCGAGGUCUGCCCCCCAAAUCUCAGAGAAUAGCCAUAAACGCACGACAUUUCACGACAUGUGCUCGGACUCUGAUGAUGAUGAUGAAGAUAACUUACAAUCUAUUAAAAAACGUAAAGCAAUGCCUUCUUCACCAACCUCAAUGUACCAGCCCUACAAAAAAUUGCAUUCCAGUAUCUCCGAGCAUCCUCAGCACGGAAGUCCAAUGGUUUCUGACGAGUUCACUUUUGUUGAAGUAAAUCAGAGCUUGGACUUAACUUCCAGAACGGAAUACGAUUCCAACGACAACAGCCCACAACACACAAAGAAGAAAAACAAUUAA